CGUCAUGACAGCUCCGCACGUGACUCUGGGUGAAGUUCUUCUUCCUGAGAGCGGUGCAAAACAGACCGACAAAAUACGGGAACGGAGAAUAGCAGUUUGUGGCGCUUGUUUACAGAAAACAGACAGACGACAGAAGCAACCACCUGUGCUUAUUAGGAGUCAGUCAGUGGAAGAAGUACUCCCCUGUAGAGUCAUGGCCUCUGCUUCAAUACCAGUCUACAACUCCUCUAAUAAUCCCCUGGAAAACAGCUCCAAUCACAAUGCGUCCAGAGAGAGUCUGAAAAUGGAACCACUGGCAGACUGCAGCUUGCUGCCCGGAGAGGAGAGAAUCAUAGACAAAGACAUCAUCUAUAUCUGUCCAUUCAGUGGAGCUCUCAAAGGCAAAGUCUUCAUCACUAACUACAGACUCUACUUCAAGAGUGCAGACGCAGACCCGGCGGUGACUCUGGAUGUUCCGCUGGGUGCCAUUGGCCGGGUGGAGAAGAUGGGCGGAGCCUCCAGUCGAGGGGAGAACUCAUACGGCCUGGACAUCACCUGCAAGGACAUGAGGAACCUGAGGUUUGCGUUGAAGCAGGAGGGCCACAGUAGAAGGGACAUCUUUGAUAUCCUGUUUAAAUAUGCCUUCCCCCUAUCCCACGGUCUGCUUCUGUUUGCGUACCUGAGUCAAGAGAAAUUUGAAGAGAAUGGCUGGAGUGUGUACAAACCCAUGGAAGAGUUCAGACGGCAGGGCUUACCCAAUGACAAGUGGCGUGUCACGUUCAUCAAUGCCAACUAUGAGCUGUGCGACACCUACCCCACCAUACUGGUGGUUCCAUUCAAAGCUACAGAGGAAGACCUGAGGAAAGUGUGUACCUUCAGGUCCAGAGGACGCAUACCUGUGCUGUCGUGGAUCCACCGUGAGAACCAGGCUGUUAUCUGCCGCUGCUCCCAGCCCCUGGUGGGGAUGUCUGGGAAGAGGAACAAGGAUGACGAGCGCUACCUGGACCUGAUCCGGGAGGCUAACGGCACCGCCAAGCUCACCAUCUACGACGCACGGCCCAGCGUCAACGCCGUCGCCAACAAGGCCACGGGCGGAGGUUACGAGGGUGACGAUGCAUAUCAGAACGCUGAGCUGGUGUUUCUAGACAUACACAACAUCCACGUGAUGAGAGAGUCCCUGAAGAAGCUAAAAGACAUCGUCUAUCCCAACGUAGAGGAGUCGCACUGGCUGUCCAGUCUGGAGUCUACACACUGGCUAGAACACAUCAAGCUGGUCAUAUCUGGAGCCAUCCAAGUAGCAGACAAGAUAUCGGGUGGUAACUCUGUGGUGGUCCACUGUAGUGAUGGCUGGGACCGGACGGCCCAGCUCACCUCUCUGGCCAUGCUGAUGCUGGACAGCCACUACCGCACCCUGAGGGGAUUCCAGGUACUGCUGGAGAAGGAGUGGAUCAGCUUCGGACACAAGUUUGCCAAUAGGAUAGGACACGGUGAUAAGAACCAUGCUGACCAGGACAGGUCUCCUAUCUUUGUACAGUUCAUAGACUGUGUCUGGCAGAUGACCAAACAGUUCCCGACAGCGUUUGAGUUUAACGAGCGUCUCCUAGUGACCAUCCUGGACCACCUGUUCAGCUGUCGCUUUGGAACCUUCCUCUACAACUGUGAGAGUGCUAGGGACACUAACGAGUUGCGGUCUAAGACUGUGUCUCUGUGGUCGUUGGUAAACAGUGAUCUGUCCUUCUACCAGAACCCCUUCUACACCCCAGAGUCCAAUAGAGUCCUCUACCCCGUAGCCAGCAUGAGACACCUAGAACUCUGGGUGACUUACUACAUCCGCUGGAACCCUCGCAUUCGACAACAGCAGCAGAGUCCAGUGGAACAGCGUUACAUAGAGCUGUUAGCCCUGAGAGAUGAAUACCUGAAGAAACUAGAGGAACUGCAGCUCUCUGACUCCUCCCCUAACUCCUCCCACCUAUCAAAUAGCUCCACCCCCAACGCGGCCUCUCCCACGCAGCACGUCACACACCUGCACACCCCCUUCUGAGUGGGGUUGUCACACACACUCCGACGUACACAACACACGUGUAUGCACACUCUCCGGGGUCAUGUUGAUUACAUGUCAGUUCAGUUAAUGAAUCAUAGGAGAUUAAUUGAAGUUCCAAAUUUGAGAGUUAAAAAGUGACAUUUUUUCCUAAUGAAGAUUUUUCAGUUCUGCAGGAUUUCAGAAUGUUCAGUUCUUUGGAAUUUCUGAAUUUCAAUUCACUUCCUGAAAUGGGUUUGACCCUGACACAGGAAGACUUUUUUUGUACAUAACGUUUAAAGUAAUAAUGAAGUCAAUACAUAACAUGGAAUAGACGUAACCGUGGUGAUUAUGCAACAUGUUACAGUGCAACAUGUCACAGUACAGCCUUUUCACAACUUUAAUAGAAUAUUUGUUUUUUUCCACAAAAACAAAGAAGCCUUAAUAUAAAAUAAAACAUAUUUUGUAGAUAAACAAUACUAAAGGUCAAGUGUAAAGGGUUAAAACUCACUGGCUGCAUUCCAAUUCACCCAGAAGUGUGCAUUCAGUCACUCCCCUUCAUGCUUAUGCAUUGUAUUGGUGCAAGCAUGGCUGGAUGGAGUUUCCACUGUAUUCCUCACACCAGUCCCUUCCUUUUAAAUCUAUGAGGGGGAGUGUAUGAGUGCACACUUCAGGGGAAGGGUAGAGAAUGGGAUCGUAGCCCCUGCUCCUCUAGGACCAAUACACUGCACUCCUCUCCAUGACCAGGGAGGGAAUGGGAGACGGGAAUGAAAAUUUGACUAGAAGUGUAUAUAUGACUAGUUUCCCUUCAAUCAUUGUGUAGCUGUACUAUGUCCCAACAUAAGCAAUACCAGUCCAAUCAUUCAGUUAAGUUUGGACAGGGAGCUUGAGUAACUAGUCGACUCUUGAUAAGUGCACAGUUGGGUAAGUGCACACCAAGUCCACUGCAAUUCCCCCGUCCCAACUCACAUAAAUUAUUUAGCAUUCAUAACCACAGAAAUAGUAUAAAUCAGUUCUAUGUUCAUAAGUCCCAAAUUGUAGCAUUUUAAUCGGGGUUGAUUGUAUUCCAGUGUAUGAUGUCCAGUAGGCCAAGUAUCCCUCUGUAUUGUACUGUAGAAGGUCUAGGGAGAGAUGGGACACAGUCAGCUGUAUUGGUUCCUAUGAGAGGUGCUGAGAGUUUUAUCUCAUAUCGUGAUCCACUCUAGCCUUGUCCCAAAUCUGAUUGUACCGUCUUGCCGACUCAAAAUAACCCUUUAUUUAUUUUUUAUUGGUCACAGAAACAUAUUUAGCAGAUGUUAUUGCGGGUGUAGCGUAAUGCUUGUGUUUCUAGCUCCAACAGUGCAGUACUAUCUAACAAUACACACACAUCUAAAAGUAAAAGAAUGGAAUUAAGAAAUAUAUAAAUAUUAGGACGAGCAAUGUCAGUGGCAUUGACUAGAAUACAGUAUAUACAUAUGAGAUGAGUAAAGCAGGAUGUAAACAUUUAUUAAAGUGACUCAUAUGGUCUUAGUCAUGCAUUACAAUUACCGUAUGUGUUGGUAAGACGGCACAAACAGAUCUGGCACCAGGCUAGGUCCACUCAGUCCAAUAAUAGUGACCAGUGGUUCUGCCUCAACCCAACUCUCAUUUUGCAAACUUCCAACUUCAGAACCUUUACAACCUGUUACCUUAAACGGUCAAACUCCUUUUGGCAUAAACGUAAACAUUUGCCAUCGACCCUCUUGAUCCCAAUCCACGUAGCAAAAUGGUUUAGCUCAAAUUUGCUGAAGGUUUUUGGACUCCCACAGAGUAGGUUCAGAAAUAAUCUACAAAGAAAAGCUGUGGACAGGAGAAGUUCUUUUGACAAGAGCAAUGUCCAGAGGUGGGAUCAGAUCGGUGGAAGUCCAGAAUCAUUUAGAACGUUUCAAGGGAUCACAAUGUGGGCAAUGUAUUCUCAGACAGAGUUCUUUGGACAAGAAUCACCAUAGAUUUUGAGAUUGUUGGGAAAAGUCCGGAAUUGUUUAGUGACUCUUUACAGGGCAUAUCCAGUGUUCUGGAGAACGCUGGUCAGGUCCAGUUCUGUGCCUUUGACCGUCUGAAGUUCAACCUCAGGUGGAUGUUUUGUAUGUACCCAAACUAUAACUUUGUCUUUGUCAUUGUUCCUCUGUGUGACAUCUGUGGCGAGGGGUAAAGGGAAAGAAAGCACCUGAUUGGUUGUGGCAGGAGAAAGGAAGCACCCGAUUGGUUGUGGUGUGGGGAAAGAAAGCACCCGAUUUGCUGGGGCAGGGGGAAUGAUGGAUUCCGGUGGUUGUGGAAGGGGAAAGAAGGCAACCAAUUGGUUGUGUCGGAAAGAAAAGGUCCUGAUUGGUUGAUACAGUAUGUAUGCUCCUUCUGGUCAAGACCCUUUGGGUAGGAUAACUCUUGUUGAAAACAGUCACCACUGGAUAUGGAAAGACCAUACAAGAGAGAGAACUUAAAGGGCUUGUUGCUGAACAUCUAUUGAAAGAUGGUGGUGAUGGUGGGCUAAAAAUGAGGUCUCUUGAUAUUUAAACCUUUCAGGCACUACCUUUUCGCUCCCUAAUGCUACCCCAGAAUGCGUCACUUCGGAAGACUUUGGCCUCAAUGAGGUGAAAAAGUUUAAAAACAAAGCCAAGAGUGAAAUGAACAACAAGGCAAAACACUUUUUGGUUUGUUGGUUGGUUGUGUUUUUAGGCAAAAAAAAUGAAAUCUAUUUUGUUUAUUUUUUACUUUAUACAAGUACAGUAACUAUGAUGUAAUUACCUCAAACAAAACUGAUUUUACUGUUAAGUUGUAAAAUAUUAUUUUAUUUAGUGUACCAUUUGACACGUUUUAUAAAAAGGAAAGUAGUAGGACAAACAUUUUUUGUUUUGUUUCUUUGAAUAGUUGGCUAAUAAUUUGUGGAUUUCUUGUUACAUACAUUUUUUUUUUUUCAUUUUGGGAUUUUGAUUUCUAACAGAAGAGGACAGUGAAUCAUGAAUUGUGGGAGAUUUGAUUCAGUCGGGAAUUGAUUCAGUUCCUUUUGAGUCUUCACCUGUGAUUGUGUAAAUAGGGGUGUGAUUAGAUCAAUGGAGUGGCUGAGGAUCUGACUUUUCUGGACUGCUCUUCUGGACAGCUAAAUGUCCGGAAGCUUCUGCUAUUGUGUGGGAUUCUCUACUUUACACACAGUCUGCUCGUAUGGAACCGGCUGUUCUAGCGAAUGGUGCUCUUUUAAUAAUGUUAGAUCAAAACUGAAUCAAUGUCUGCAAAAACACAAUGAUAGCAUUCUACAUGUAUUUUUAUUUAACCUAUAUUUAACUAGAAAACUGAAUAUAAUAGCAUAACGAUCUAAUUGCAUAUCCCCAUGAAACUGAGAUCAAAUAGUUGCUAUGCAGAUGCUGCAUGGAAGUUUCAUCUGUAAAAAAUUGGGAGAAUUAUAAUUCACCGUUGACACUAGAAAUGUGAAGGGUGGUUCUAUAUGUGUAGAGCUGAGACUGCUUAAAGUAGAGAAUUCCGUACAGGGGUCCAGGAAAGUCUGAUCCUCGGCCUUCAAUCAAACUCAUUGUGGUAUUUAUGCAGGAGCUCUUUUACCCCCAUGGUCAAAUAUAAUCCCUGAACAGUGGUAAUCAUUUACUACCACAAGGAAGUAUCCCCAUCACAAAUGGGUGCUUCCAUGUUUUUCCACAAUGAGAAGGCUAUGCAUGGACAGUAGUUUGUAAACAAA